AUUGCAGAUAAACAGCCAGGAACUUGCGAUUAUGUAAAACUACUUGAAAAAUUGUUUACAACCAAGAAAUAUGUUAAUCAUAAUCAAAUUUAUUCAAUACAAGUAUUGGGAGUUAAAUAA